AUGCCAGUCAUCAGUCCGAAUUCCAGCGUCAAAGUUCAUUCUUUCAAAGAGGUUUUUCGUUGCGUGGACCGUGGAAGAGUAGAGUCGAAUGGAACAGUCACUUUCGAAGUGGACGGACAAGUAAACGGGUUCUCGGUGCUGCAGAAUAUCACUUACGACGAACUCGAUGAAUGUGAAAGCGGCUUCGACAGCUUUAAUGUGGAGUCCAGCGUUCUUCAUUCAAAAUACGAUGAAAAACAGAAGUACUCUGGAGUAGCUAUCAAAUCUUCCAUUAUAAACGCCCCCAAACAAGAGGGUGAGUACCUAAUACAACCACAAAAAUAAUUUUCUCCAAAAAUUGUCUAUUUACAGACUGUCGCAAUUUGUAAUAAUCAUCGCACUUUGUAAUACCUGUCGCAACUUGUAAUAAACCGUGUCACGCUUUGUAAUAAAAAAGCUGUCGUAAUUUGUAAUAACUGUCCAUCGCACUUUGUAAUAAACUAAGCUUUCGCAAUUUGUAAUAAUUCCAUCGCACUUUGUUGUAAACGUAAGUUAUUUUGUUUGGUCAAACAUGCUUGUCUUCUGUUAUAAAUUUUUCUGCCUUAAUUAAUCACGUGACCAACGAGAAUCGCUUUUAUGAAAGACAUAAAACUUCCUGUGACAUGUCACCAAAAAAAAGAAAGGAAUCAUUUCAUAUAUUUGAACUCAAAAAUAAAAAAUAUUUAAAUAACAAAAGCAACAUUUAACAACAGAAAAUUCAUGAAUAACCUAGCAUUCGUCGUCCCAAUCCAAUCCAAGAGGGGGGAGGGGGGGAUGGGAGCUCAAGUUGUAAUGGAUGGUUUGGUUUAUUAUCCUUUCUAUUUUGUGGAAAAAAAAAGUUAUCCUAAACACACUCGGAAGAAUUGCAAGGUCUUACGAGUUCUAUGCCGGGAAGGAGAUUCUUUUAGUAUCCCCACCGUAUUUCCUUUAGAGCGCUCCAUAGAAAAAAAUUGUUUUAGGAUGGAAUGAUACUCCUUUUGUUCCUAUAUGGGACCAAAUCAAGAAAGAAUAAUGGACCAAAUGGUCAGCCGGCUCAGUGUAUCAGUCCAAGUGAGUUUUAUAAAAAACAGUACACACAAAGGUAUUGGCCAGCGACUAAUUGGAUUUUGUGUUUCUGUUGUGAUUCCACGGUUUGCCACGGGUGACGUUUUGGUUUAUUUCCAGUAAAAAUAAAUUUUGAAUUUUACAGGCCUCGUCUGAUUAAGUUGGCCAAAAUAUAGAAGCCACUAUUACUUCUUGUAAGAUUGCUCGUUAGACAAGGACGCUGCUUUGUCAACCCGUUUUAAGAUCUAAAAAGGAAAGCUUUCCUGGUGUCCUUAUUUCCAAUGCGGGGGAUCGAGAUCAUGAACCUUAAAAAACACUCACACCAAUAUUUUUCCAAUGUAUGAUAACCAUAACUUCUUAGCUAUGGGGUUACACUAUAUAAAGGACUUCAUGUGCCGAAACAGAAUAAUAAAUUUUGACAAUAGGUCCUUAGCUGUUACAAAUAACUCAGAGUACAAUUAUUAACAGAGAGAUAAUUUUCAGAUUGUAGAUGGUCACUUGGUACAGAGAAGUUUAAAAUUGGGAGUUUUAGGAUUAGUUCGCCUGAUUCCCGUAACAUUCCUCUCCCUCGCCUUCAUGGACAUUUCUCAUGGUGCACAUCAGGACAGAAAUAUUUAAAGAUCCACCUUGGUGCAAACCCCAGGUACAAAGUCACAGCCAUAGCCACUCAAGGAGGGGCAGACAAAAACCUAUGGGUGAAGCAAUACAAACUGCGUUUUCGUGUUGGUAACAUAGAAGUUCCUUACAAAGAAUCUGAAGCACCGAAGGUCAGAAUUGUUCAGUCAUUAUGAUGUAUUUUACAACACGUAGUUUUUGUCAAAGUUAAUUUUUUGCAAGACCACGAGAGAAUGAGCUACUCUCUUAGAACGACCUCAUAUUAAAGGAGUGGGUAUGUCAAUCGUCUCGAUUACUAGUAAAGAUUGGGUUUAUCACUGCGGAACGCCAAUAUUUUAUGCCCACAGUUGGUACUUAUCCUCCCUUGUUAUUAGGAGGUCUGCAAUUUUGUCCAGGAUUGCAAGCUUUGGAAAAAAUUUGCUACAAAUCUCCAAACAAGAAAUACAUAAAUAACAUUGUUUUUCUUGUACAAAUCUAUAACAAAAAUAUCACAAGGAUUAAGAAAUUACAAAAAAAUAUGUAAAGAAAAACAUGAAUUGUGUCCCCAACUGCAGGAAAAAUUCCUCACAAAGAUCCCAAAUCUAUCAAGAACAACUAUUUUAGCACGAGACACUCAGGCAAACGACAAAGGAAGGAGGCGGAAGAAGAAAAUCAAAAAGAAAGAAAAAGAAAGAAGCAUUGAAUUAAAACCUUUUAUCUCAGCUAAACGGAGUUAUUGUACCUCUUAUUUGGCUCUCUGUUUCAGAAUUCUAUCUUUUAACGGUAAAAAAAGCUCUGACCACACCUUAAUUGGUUUCUUUUUCAAUUUUCCGACAAGCAACCCAUGCAAUUUAACAUGGAAGUCAUGCUCGGCACAGCAUCUCCCUGCCAGGUAAACUUGACGAAAAGAUUCAGAGAAAAAGUACGGUUAUGCAAAAAGAAAUAUUUCGGUUUAAAAUAGACACUGUACCCUCAACUUUUACCUUUUGAUUUUUCUCCUCUCUCCUUCUCUCUUCCCUCUCCCUGCCGGAAUUUCCCAGAUGAACGGUUAGUACCCUAGGGUUCAUUUCGGUGAAAAGGCUUUUAAGAUCGAAGGAUUAGGUGGAAGUAAGUGCGGGUGGAAAGUGGAGUGAGAUUUUCAUUGGAAUUUCCGUUUCAAACUGACGUAAUUAUGGCGUUUUGCGUUUUUCUUCUGCCUGUUUGACUGAAUCGUGCCCAUUCUGAUUUGAUUUGAAAGAUCUCUAUCCCCUGCGCAAAUUAGAUGUCAGAGUUGUCCUUGACUGUAAAAUAGAUUACGUCGCAAGCAAUACAAAGGACAUAAAUCGGCACGGGCAGUUAUGGUCGGUUCAGGGCUGAACGGAACUUGUCUGUUCGCUGUUUUAAAAAACAGCGAACAUUUACUGGCCUUUUUUUCCCGUAUAAACCCUUUUCCCCUUUGUGUCGUCUGAUUCUACUUGUGCCACUUCCAUAUCCAUCGUGAUUUUUUUCUUCUGAAUUUCUAGUACUUUCCCUUUUAUGUUGUUAUUUAUUGUUUUCAAUGCUAUCUUUUAUCAGAUCAUAGAGGGGAACCAGGACAGUAACUCUGUUGUGAUAUACCAUCUCAAAAAGCCGUUUGUAACGAAAGAGUUGAAGAUUAUCCCUGAUGUUUCAACGCCAUCCAUCUGCUUGAGAACAGAAAUAUAUGGAUGUCGCCCUGCUGGUAAGAACAUUAUGGCUCCAUUCCAGUAAAUGGAAUAUGUUCGGUUGACCUGCACCUUUCUAAACCUCUUAUUUCAUUGGUCCCCUUUAAUUUACACUUCCAUUGUUUUCAGGGAUAGGGGCAUUGUUAUGUCACAAUCCCUAUCAUUAGAAUAAUGGUUUUCCCAGCUAAUCGUACAAACGAUCUUUCGAAUAGGUACAGAUCACCCCAAUAUAUUUACCAUAAAAGAAUUCGUUUCCUUAUAGCUUCGAAUUCUUAGCUAAAAAAACUGGAUUUGAAAAGAAAUAAUCACAACUAUUAUAGUACAAAACUCACAGGAUAGAAGGAAUAAAAUUGUACAUACUUAUACAAAUAUGAGAACACACUUUCUAAAACUAAAAACACAAUAAACUGCUUUUGACAUGUGCAUUUUACAGCCAGUCCGAAUACUCUGAAGGUUUUGUGCUUGUCACAACUCCAGGGGAAGACUAUUCUAAAGAACUGCCCCAUGGCCUAAAUUGAUAUGUUCUGAUACAGAAAUCAGUGAGUAGCAGUGGAACGAAAGUUUGCUCUCAUUGUCCUUUAUAGAAAUUAAAGGAAAAAAAAUUAGAACAGAGAUAAUCCAGAGGAAGACUGUUAAGUGGACUAAAGACAAUAACUACUUUUUGAGCUUUUCUUUGGCAGUCCAGUAAUUUACCAGCAAAUAAGCCAAAAAAGAUAAUUAGCAUCAGUGUCUUAGCUGGGGAAAGUUAACACCUGUGCCGCCCCUUUUUGAAGCUUUUGUAAUUUGACGCUAAGUAGGUAGGGUUUAAGAAGCUCUUACUCUUAUAAAAGUACGAUUUAAGCGAACAUUUUUUUUCUUUUCUGUUCUUUAAGGGUAUUUAAUUUAUUUAAUUUUAUCUUUUUUUCUGUUUUUGUUUAGAUUGUAUUUUGCUAGGUUCAAUGUUUUGGGGACUGUGGACGCAAAGAGACAACUCAAGUAAUUACUAUAAGGCCUUCAUCUCACGGAUAAACAACACUCACAUUGAAUACCUCAUGGAAUUCAACAAUAACCAGACACGAACAUACAACCGGACUGCUCCAGUACUUAUAAUAAACAGGACUCCAGAGAAACAGGAAAUAUCAGUUAAUGCACCUGUCAUAGCUGUUCACAAUCCUAAGAUGUUAGAGUGGUAUCGAACCGGUACCGUGAAAAACAUGACGUCUGACAGGGGUAAAUUCAAGGUCGAG